UCUCAUCUUCUUCAGACCUGGGUUUUGGGUUCUUCAGAGAAAUAGUUUCAAUUAAGAAAUUUUGGGGAUUUUGGCUAAAUUUCUUUGUCUAAGCUUCAAAUCAAAUUGGAAAAGCACCGUAGACAUGAAUUGCAUCAUGCUAACCUUUGUUUUGCAGCGCAGGAAAGCAAUCUGCGAUGAACUUGACAACUCCCCUUAGCAUUGAGUCAAUCAUUCCCCUUACUGGUAGCAAUUAUAAGAAAUGGAAAGAAGAUCUAGAUCUCUACUUCAUUCGGCAAAAUGUAGAUUGGUGUUUUAACUGUGCCUGAACAUGUUCUCACUGAUGAGAGUACAGAUCAGCAUAAGGAUUAUUACAGAGAAUGGAGUAGGGAAAACAGGAUUUGUAGGCUAACAACCUUGAAAACCAUGAGUCCAUGACUGAUGCCAUUAAGGGAGGAAUCCGUCAAAAAGAGCUGGCCAGUGAACUUUUGCAAGUUGUUGCAGAAAGGUUCAUAGUUAGUGAUAAGGCUGAAGCUAGCAUGCUACUAGACAAACUGAUGACCAUGAAAUACAACAUGUCCACCAACCUUAGAGAACACAUAAUGCAGAUGAUAAACAUCUCUAGCCAACUAGCUGCUCUAGACAUGGGACUAGAUGAUCAAGUGGUUGUUAAUCUUGCACUGAAAUCUUUGCCAGAACAGUUUGAUAAUCUACACACAACCUACAUCACUCAAAAGGACAAAUGGUCCUUGAAUGAAUUGAAUGCUGUUUUGGUUCAAGAGGAUGAGAGAAUUAGAAAGAGCAACACUGCAACUGUGAACCUAGUAACCAAACCACAGUGGAAAUCUGGAAAGGCAAAGGGAAAAGCUUCUACAACCACUGCGAGAACCUCUAAGAACCCCAAAAAGGCUGUGAACAUGAAGAAAAGCUUCAAAUGCUUUUUCUGUAAAAAGGAGGGCCAUAUGAAGAAAAAUUGUGAUGCUUAUAAGAAGUGGGCAGCUAAGAAAGGUAUGGAUUAAUUUAGUUAAUGUUCAACCUCAUACUUGGACUUUAGAUACUGCCUCACCUGUGCAUAUUUCUAACUCUAUGCAGGGGUUCAUAAGGAGCAGGCAGCCAAGGAAAAAUGAAGUGACCAUUUGUGUGGGAAAUGGGAUGAAGGUGGCUGUGAAGGCUGUUGGUGAUGUCAGAUUAGAUUUAGGUUCUGGUCAUUAUUUCAUUCUAGAGAAUGUCUAUUAUGUUCCCUCGAUGAAGAGGAG